AUGGAAAGCAAGAUAAUCCAGGAGUUUGCUGUGGUGGCAAGUAAAAUAUGGUGGAGAAGGAACACCUUAAUCUUUAAAGGUGUUUUUGCUCACCCGAAGGUAAUUGUGCAAGAGGCUAGAUUCAUUUUGGAUGAGCUGGUUGAGGAGAGAUGCAGAGCUGGUAUGGUAUGUAACUCAGCAGAGGUUUGGCAGGCUCCAAAAACAAAUUGGGUCAAGAUGAAUUGGGACAGUGCAGUGGAUAAAGCUAGAGGAAUUGUUGGAGUGGGAGUGGCUGUGAGGAACAGCUCAGGCUCGAUAAUUGCAACCUUGAGGACUAAGAAGCCUCUAUUCCCGGACCCUUUGUUAGCUGAGACAUUCGGUGCACUUAAAACUGCACAAUUUGGCAUGGAGCUUGGCCUUACACAAGUGAUCAUUGAAGGAGACUCCAUCCAAGUUAUUAACCAGCUUAGAAGUGGCAAGAAAGGCUUUAACAGUGCAAGCAUGUUUAUUAGUGAAGCUAAACAGCUCUUAGGAAAUUUUGCUAAGUGGGAGGUUUCUCAUGUAAGGAGAAAUGGCAACUCUAUAGCUCACUUGUUAGCAAAAGAUGCUCUAUCCAAUCAUGAUCAUAUUGUAACUUUGGAGGACCUUCCUCCUUGUAUCCCAUUGGUUUGA